CAGUGUGAAACGUCACGGGUCGCCGGGGGUCGUGUUUUCUUUCCGAGCAGAUUAUGGCGGCCUUUAGCUGGUUUGCGUGCGGGCGGCUGUCCCGGGCAGUUUUCCAUGUGGGCCGCCGGGUCGCGCACAGUCAGCCGCAGUGCCCCCGGGCUCUCCGGCGCUGGGUGAGCGACUCGCCUGGGCUCCGCGUCGGGGAGAAGGGCACCUUGGGCAAAGCUCGCGCUGCGGAGCAGCCGCAUUUCACAGAGCUGGACAAGGCAGAUGCUUUGAUGCUGAGAAAGUCCCACGAAACAGGAUUCCUCUCCUGGUUUCGUAAUGGUCUGCUGGCCACAGGGGUUGGUGUAAUCGCUUUUGUACAGAGUGACGUAGGCCGAGAGGCUGGAUAUGCCUUUUUCAUCCUGGGCGGAGUGUGCGUGUCAUUCGGCGCCGCUUCCUACGUGGCGAACCUCUUCAGCCUGCGGCGGUUCAUGCUGCUGUCCAUGCCAGCCGUGCUGAUCAACAGCAUGGUGGUGGGAAGUAUGGGUCUGCUCUGGCUCUCCGCCGUCUCCCUCUACAUCGGCCGGCUGGAGGUGGAGAUCAUCCACGAGGAGGAUGACGAGGCGAGGGCCCCCGGGGACUGCGACGAGUGCGGGGACCGGCGGGACGAGCGUCACCCGGAGGAUAAGGGACGGGACAAGUGAACGACAGUGCUGAUUCGCCUUUAGGCACCUGGGGGAGGGGGGUUGGAUUAGGGUCACUGCCGUGGAAAACCUUACAGACCAGCAGGUCUUAAAUGUGAAGAGAUUCUGGUGGGAACUCAUUUUUGGGUGUUUUUUGCAAUAUAUAAGGGGUGCGUGUGUUUGUAUAGACCAUAGACAACAACCAUGGAGUGGUUGUAUGCGGUGUUGGGUUUCCUCUAGGUAAUACAUAUUCUGGAAACUAUGAAAAGAUCAUGUACAUAAAAUAAGGUUAGUCAAAGGCUUUUGUUGUUGUUUUUUUAUUUGAAUAUAAGUGAUUAUUUUUCCUCCGGUCCUAUCCAAGAUUAAAAUUUUUCUUCUUUCCAGUUCUGGUAUGUCUGCAGUAAGUCUGGGCUUUUUCCUGGGUCAUCAUGACAGUGUAACCUGUGUGUAUUCUCCGGCCGUGCUCUUCAACUGUGACGUCCCCUGGGGGGUACAUUUUAAUGUGGUGUGGGAGGAGCCACAGUGAUGCACCCAGGUGACGUUACACGUGCAAGUUACUUUUAUUCGUACUCCGAAGAUGUUUUUUAUCUUAAUUUAGCCUUUUAGGUGUGUGUGUGUGUGUGUGUGUGUGUGUGUGUGUGUGUGUGUUAAUCUCAUUCAUUCAUUCAUGCAUAAUCUCCAUGAGUGAUGUCAGGCCUGUGUUUGCCAAACCAGUCCACAGAACACACUGCACGAAUCCACGUUUUUGUGUUAUCCCAGUUCCCAGCACACCUGUAAGGUGUUUAAGAGCUCCUGAUUGCUUGGGCCAGGUGUUCUGGGAACUGGAAUAAAACACAUACGUACAUCUGUCCAGUGUGCGCCGACAACUGGUUUGGGAGACACUGGGUCGGGCCAUGAGCUGCCAUGAUGCGGCGUGUCAGCGGAGGUGGACCUUAUAUCCCCUGUGUCCGGUUCGCAUGGUCAUUUCUCACCGUGUUGGAGCCGGAUGUCCUACCGCACCAGGGAUUUAUCGGUCAUGGUAACCGUUAUGGAUGGCCCCUUUUAAAUCCAUCUGUCUUCUCGUGGAAGCAUAAAGAGAGCUGAAAAAUGACUGUGCAAACACAAAAAACAAAGAUAAAUGAUGUCGCUUAUUGUUGUCCGUCACAUGCGUCCCAUUGCAUCUAUUGUUUUCUCAGCUCAUAAGGAAAAGCUGAAAUUUGAUAUCUGGUGCCCAAUCCAAUAAACGUAUACAUGUUUAGAGGAGAGGCAAGGAUGUAACGAUUGGUAACCACUCAAUUCAGUGUUGAUGUUUAACAGUCAAUGAUGUUGUCAAUUCGGGUUAUGAUGUUUCUUUAUUGUGAUUCAUUAAUAUGUAGUAGUUUGUAUUUUUUUGUGUAUAAAUUCUUGAUAUAUUCACACCCAAAUGCUAUUUUGUCAAUCAAGACUGGUUUUUAAGUCAUUUUAUUGCAAUCUGGCAUAUGAACCAUUUGAAUUUAGUUUUUUUCUUUUCCAUCAGUUACCAUUAGGAUUCCCUUUAGGAUUAUUAAUAUGGAUUUAAUUUUAAUUUGCCUCUGAGACCUCACACAGUCUAAGGUGAAUGGAUUUAUCUGACGUUUCUUACUCAUGCUGGUUUGUUCUUGUACAGCGGGAGAUUGGCUGUGACUUGAUAAUAUGUGUAUAUUCUGUAGCUGAGUGGUGCGAGGCAUGCAUUAUUGCAUGCGUUAUUGCAUGCAUGCGUGUGUGUGUGUGUCUCUCUGUUCCUGACCUUUCACUGUAAAUAUAUCGCAUAAACGUGGA